UAGCUGUGAAGUGUCCUUUCUCCCUUGCAAAGGAGGAGGGAGGCACCGCACUUUGCUGAAGGCUGCAUCGAUUUGAGCCUAGCGCUGCCCAAAGUCGACGAAAUCUGCCAGAUCUCAGUCAGUUUGCAAACGCCUUGCAGGCAGCUGUGCAAGAUGGGCAGGGCGGUUGGCGUAGCGAUGGUGUCUGACUUCUUCUACCCAUCCAAGGUAAGUCAUUUCAUCUCACUAAUGAAUUCACUCAUUCCCAUUGAUCUGAUCUGUCUGCGGACUUGUGUGCCUCCCUCUAUCUUCAUCGGCAGGGCGGUGUAGAGAUGCACGUCUACCAGCUGUCGCAGUGCCUGAUGAAGCGCGGCUUCAGAGUGAUAGUCAUCACCCACGCUCGCGGCCCCUACCGAGGUGUGCAGUGGAUGCCCAACGGCCUCAAGGUCUACUACCUCCACUACAGGGACGUGGUCGACAACGUCAUACUGCCUACCGUCUUCAUGACCCUCCCCGCAGUCAGACACAUACUGCUUCGCGAACAUAUCGACAUUGUCCACAGCCACCAGGCAACCCAACCACAGCACGGCACAUGACACCAACACAGAGACUCAGACAGACAGACAGACAGACAGACAGGGAUGGAAUGGCGGGUCGGGUAUGUGCCACGCAUAUACGGUGAUGGAUGGAUGGAUGUGUGUGUGUAUUGGUUCCUUCCUUGCUUCACCCCGCCCCACCCCACCCCCACAGGCAACGUCUCCGUUGGGGCACGAGUGUCUGAUCCACGCGCGUACCCUGUCGAUGUACAACCGGUACAGCCACGAUACACUCGGCGAUGGCGGCAGUGAGCCCCACGAGUACCGCAUUGUCUACACAGACCACUCCCUCUUCGGUUUCGCUGAUGUCGCCGGCAUUCACAUCAACAAAGUCAGGGGCAGGGUCAGGGUCAGGGUCAGGGAGGGAGGAGUGGGCGGCACACAGACAGACACCACACUAUCCAUACCGUCCUGUCGGGUAUGGUGCUCGCUGCUGGUGUGUAUGUUAGGUGAUAUCUCUGUUGCUAAGUGACGUGGAUCACGCCAUCUGCGUGUCGCACACCAACAGGGAGAACCUCACUCUCCGCUCGGGCAUCCCACCACGCAGGAUCGCCGUCAUACCAAACGCCGUGGUGAGUCGGUGGGCUGUAAAUGGGGGAGGGGCAGCCCUCGUGUGUGAUAUGGCUCGUGUCAGGACGCCCAUCGUUUUUCGCCGGAUCCGUCGAUGCGUCCCCCGCCCCCACGGGUGAACAUAGUGGUCAUCAGCCGACUCACAUACAGAAAGGUAACAUAACAACAAAAGUCAGACAGACAGACAGACAGACAGACAUACAGACAGACAGACAGGCAGGCAGGGAGGCAGGCAGGCUAGAUACUGGGCUGCCGCACACUGACUCGUGGACCCACCCACCCACCUGAUUCUACGCGUCUGUCUGUGUGUGUGUGUGUCUAAGUAGGGCAUCGAUUUGCUGGUGGAUGUGAUUCCGGCCAUCUGCGAGCAGUUCCCCAACGUGCACUUCAUUAUCGGUGGGUGGUGUGGUGAUAUCAAAUCAGCACACCACACCACACCACACCAAACCACCAAAUGCAGGCAGUGAAUGGAUGAAUGCAAUGCAGCUGUGCUGUGUGUGCGCACGGCUGGUUCUCUGUGCUGUUGUGUGGUGUGCAGGUGGUGACGGCGGGAAGCGCACCAUAUUGGAGGAGAUGCGGGAGGAACACCGACUCAUCGACAGAGUCGAAAUGCUCGGUAGACAGACAGACAGACAGACAGACAGAGGGGGGUAAUUGGUCGCCUGCUAUCCUAUUUGGUUGCUGCUGCUGUGUGUGUGUGUGUGCGUGUGACGUCAUCCACAUUCCCGUCUAAACGUACGUGCAGGUGCAGUGCCCCAUUCCCAGGUGCGUGACAUUCUUCGUCGGGGUCACAUAUUCCUCAACUCGUCCCUCACAGAGGCAUUCUGCAUCGCUAUCAUAGGUCUGGGAACCCGGUGUCCGGCCGGCCGGCCGGCCGGCAGCCAGACAGAGAGCCAGCCACCAGCCCCGACCGGCGGUGCCAUCCAUUAUGAUGUGUGCAUGUGCGUGUCUGUCGUCUGUCUGUGUCUGUGUUGUCUGUAGAGGCUGCUGCGUGUGGUCUGUUGGUCGUGUCUACCAGAGUGGGAGGCGUCCCCGAGGUAGGUGGUGGUGGUGAACCACCGGCCGGAUAGAUGGCAGACAGGAUGUCUGUCCGUCCGUCGGUCCAACCAACACUGACCCCGUCUGUCUCCCUCGGUGUGUGCAGGUGUUGCCUGAGGACAUGAUGCGUUUGGCUGAGCCGAAUGCCGCCAGCAUUGUGGGUGUGCUAGGGGAGGCCAUCCACCGCGCACCCAACAUCGACGCAUUCGAACACAACAGACAGGUAGGGACAUACCAAGCUGGCUGGCUGGCUGGGUACCUAGGUAGCAGACUCACAGCGCAGCAAAUAGAGCCUGGCUGCGCAUCACGUGAUGCGGUCUGUCUCUCGUCAGAUCCUGGGCAUGUACUGCUGGCACGACAUCGCCGAAAGAACAGUCAGUGUGUAAUGUACCUACGUAUACAUACGACCACAGCACAGCACGGCACGGCACGGCACGGCCCACGUGUGUGUGAUUACAUACACACAUAGAUGAAAUAAAUGAGUGCCUCGUGUGUGUCGCUUUUCGCUGGCUGCGCUGCGGGUCUUGGCUGUGGUGUGGUGUGGUGUGGGUGCAGGAGGCGGUGUACCGUCGUGUGCUGGGCCGGCGGCCACGCAGUUUCGCCUCGCGUGUCAGACUGUACAAAUCGCUCGGCGCAUACUCAGGUAAGUGCCUAAGGGCAUACAUACAUACUUGCACCCAGCCAGCCCAGCCAGACCAUGUAUGUAUCAACCUCCCUCGCUUGGUUCCGUGUAUGUCUGCAGGCACCUUGGUUGUGUUUCUGCUUUUGGUCAAUUACUUGCUGCUCAACGUGCUGGAGUGGUGCCGGCCCAGGCGGAAAUGAUAUCUAUCGACAGACAGCCAGCAUCCGACCCGUUGCUUCCUUCCCUGCUGCCU